GUGGGGCAGCAGGGGGGCGGUGCUGGUGCUGGUGGUGGUGCUGGUGGUGGUGCUGAGGGGUGGGCAGAGCCCGGCGGUGGUGGUGGUGGAGGGGGUGAAGCUUGAGGAGUCUCACAUCUAGGUGCGAGGAGAUUAUUCAAAUAGGGCCCAAGGCGUAGAAGUAGGAUUGGAGGUUUGCCUGCCGCUCGCAGCUAUAACACUGCGUUAACAGGCAGCUCGCCGCGUCAUUCCCACUCCCGCUCACUGACUGACGCGUCUCAGUGGCUGCACAGCCGCUCCGGAACGCACGCCGCCGCCGCCACGACACAUGCGCCAGUCCACUUUCUAAACGCCGGAGGGACACAGCGAGCACCCAAACACACUCGCAGCCUCUCUCUCUCCCUCUUUCUCUCUUUUUCUCUCUCUCUUUCUCCCCCCCCAAAGAGUCACCGCUGCCGGGGAGACUUUUGGCUUUUCCUCUGCUGGGAGACGCUCGGUAGUGAAGUCCUCCAUGAUGCUUGGAGCAGUUAAAAUGGAAGGACACGAACACACCGACUGGAGCGCCUACUACGGAGAGCCUGAGUGUUACACCUCUGUGGGGAACAUGAACACGGGCCUGGGAAUGAACACCAUGAACACCUACAUGAGCAUGUCCGGGAUGAGCACCACGGCCAACAUGACGGCCAACUCCAUGAACAUGUCCUACGUCAACACGGGCAUGAGCCCCUCCAUGACGGGCAUGUCCCCGGGCGCCGGGGCCAUGAACGGCAUGGGAGCCGGCAUGACGGCCAUGAGCGCCGCCCUGAGCCCCAGCAUGAGCCCCAUGACGGCGCAGCCCGCGUCCAUGAACGCCCUCGGCUCCUACAACACCAUGAACGCCAUGAGCCCCAUCUACGGACAGUCGAACAUCAACAGGUCCAGAGACCCCAAGACCUACCGCCGGAGCUACACGCACGCCAAGCCGCCCUACUCGUACAUUUCCCUCAUCACCAUGGCCAUCCAGCAGUCUCCCAGCAAGAUGCUGACCCUGGCCGAGAUCUACCAGUGGAUCAUGGACCUCUUCCCUUUUUACCGACAGAACCAGCAGCGCUGGCAGAACUCCAUCCGCCACUCGCUCUCCUUCAAUGACUGUUUCGUCAAGGUGCCGCGCUCGCCGGAUAAACCGGGCAAAGGCUCGUUCUGGGCGCUGCACCCGGACUCCGGGAACAUGUUCGAGAACGGCUGCUACCUGCGGCGACAGAAGCGCUUCAAGUGCGACAAGAAGAUGACCAAGGACGGAGGGCGCAAGGGCGGAGGCGGAGACGGCGUCUCCUCCAACAGCAGCUCGGAGAGCUGCAACGGCAACGAGUCCCCGCACUCCAACUCCUCCUCCGGCGACCACAAACGCUCCCUGUCGGACAUGAAGCCGAGCCAGGCGCUGAGCCCCGAGCACGCCGCCCCCUCCCCGGUGUCUCAGGGCCAGCACCCGCUCAUGGCGCAGCACCACUCGGUGCUGGCGCACGACGCGCACCUGAAGCCCGAGCACCACUACUCCUUCAACCACCCGUUCUCCAUCAACAACCUCAUGUCGUCGGAGCAGCAGCAUCACAAAAUGGACCUAAAGACUUACGAGCAGGUGAUGCAUUACUCCGGCUACGGCUCCCCGAUGGCGGGAGCCUUUUCCAUGGGCUCCAUGGCGGGGAAAGCCGCCCUGGAUUCCUCCUCCAUACCGGACUCUUCCUACUACCAAGGCGUGUACUCCAGGCCGAUCAUGAACUCCUCAUAAACUCCCCAGCCCGUGUAGACUCCCUUUCUUUCAAUUUGUACAUUUGUAUAAAACCCCCCCAACCCCCCCCGGGAAAUAUAGAGUUUGUGUACAAUAUGUAUUUCAGAUAUUUCUUUUUUUCUUUUUCUUUUUUUUUUGGAUGUUUCCCACCGUUUUAGUUGUCGAGUUUCUUAGUAGCCUAAUUAUUUUUGACAAAGGAUGUUGAUGAUGAUGAUGAUGAUGAGGAUGACGGUGAUAUUAAUAAUAAUAAUAAUAAUAAUGAGAAUAAUUCAAACAUGUUAAUGAUAAUGUGACGACUUCAGGAAUGGACCCAAACAAACAAACAAACAAACAAAAACAAACAAACAAAAACAAACAACGACCUGCUGUAAAAAUGACCUCCAUGCAUUAAUUUUUUGGAAACGACGUGAAAUAAAACGACGCCUCACAGGAUUUCUGUCGAUCAUCUGUGUAAUUCCUAUUUAUGGCCUGUAUAUGUGUAUUCUUGUAGUGACAAGAACAGAAUCUAUAUUAAAGUGUCAAUGGUUUUGUUUCCUGAA